AAGUCAUCUCUGAUUCCAAUCAAUUCUCUGUUUAUUGAAUCUUGGAUGCCCACCACCCUGGAUGGUCAAUAAAUAUGUUUCUUGUCAUUGGUAUUUCUGUUCAAGAGGGCUUAAUCUCUUUCAGAAUUCUUUGGAACUUCAUAGCUCCCCAGCAAAGGUUAUGUUGACUUCAUUUGCCCAGAGAUCAAAUUAAGCAUUUUUUUUUCUCUUGGGUAUGUUCCUUUGAGACAUAUCUCCACCAAAAGAUGGCAAAUAGGGAAGGGUCAGAAACCAGAGACCAUGUUUCUGUUGAAAUCACAGAGGAUGCUCUUGUAUCUUCUAUUAAAGAAAAGAUGGAAGCUGUAUGUGCUUCAGUUUGUAUCUCCAGAGUCCCUGCUGAACUUCGUAAGGGAAAUGAGAAGACAUAUAUCCCUGACAAAGUUUCCAUUGGCCCUUUUCACCAUGGAAAAGAUACCCUAAGCGCCAUGGAAGACCUUAAGUGGCGCUAUUUGUAUUACGUCCUCAACCGAAAACCGAACCUUGAAGCAAGCAUGGAUGGAUGUGUGAAAGUACUCAGGGAGAUGGAGCACAGAGCAAGGAGAUGUUAUUCAGAAACUAUCAAUCUCACCAGUAACCAAUUUGUGCAAAUUAUGUUACUCGAUGGCUGUUUCAUCAUAGAGCUGUUCUUUAAGAAUGCCUGUAAGAGUCUCAGACGCAGAAGUGAUCCUAUAUUUAGCACACCUGGAAUGUUCGUUGACAUAAUGUACAACUUGAUAUUGCUAGAAAAUCAGAUUCCCUAUUUUGUUCUCCAACGCUUAUUUCAAAUCAUACCAAUUCCUAGACAAUGCAGUCUGUCUCUCAAUGAGCUCGCCUUUCGAUUCUUCAAAAACAUGAUGCAGGGAGAUCGGCAGGCUCUUUGGGAGAAGUUUGACUUAGAAGGGAAUCAUUUACUUGACAUGAUCCGCCACUGUUUCCACCCAACAUAUCCAAGACAGCAGCCAAAAUAUGAAAUGCAGCAAGGCUUGGAUUGUGCAACAGGCCUCCAAAAGGCAGGAAUCAGGCUCAAGAAAGCCAACACAAAAAACUUAUUAGAUGUCAAGUUUGUUAAUGGAGUCCUUGAAAUCCCACCUCUAAGGAUUCACAAGAAUACAGAAACACUGUUUAAGAACCUCAUUGGAUAUGAGCAGCGUCACUGUGAGAACACGCAGCACAUUACAUCUUAUGCGUUUCUGAUGGGCAACCUAAUAUGCUCUAAGAAAGAUGUGAAGUUACUGGGAAGACAGAACAUUCUCAUCAGUGAUAGGGACGAGGAGAAAGAGGUUUCUCAACUGUUCAUGAAACUCUGUAGGGAUGAGAAAGUGAAGGACUUCUAUUAUGCUGGGCUUUUUGAACGAGUGAGUGAGUACAGAAGAAUCGGAUGGCAUGUAAGCUGGCAGAAACUGAAGGGCAAUCCUUCUGCUAAACUUAUGCUGUUCAUCGUGGCUAUUCUGCUUCUUGCUCUCACCUUUAUAGGAAGCUUAUUUUCUGUAAUCUCAUUCUUUCUCCACCAUGGAAAGUGAAGAUGAGGCCAUGAGGCUCUCAUCCUUCAGUAAAGGAAGACAAAAUAAUAAUAAACACGAUUAUUUUCCUUUCCCUUGUACAGAUUUUAAAUUCUCUCUAUGAUUUGC